AGUUUCCUUUUCAUUGAGGAAGUUGCACUCUGGAACAAAAAACAUCUUAAGGGAUUUUGCUUUUAUGCGUGAAUUCACAUUUCACUUUCUCCAAGGACAAGUGUUUGGUGUCAAUAUCAACAUCACAGUAGUGAUUGGGGAUACAGUGGAACUGCCUUGUAAUACUAUUUUAAAUGAAAGCCGAAAUAACCCACGGAUCAGCAUGCAGACACACAGACACCAUGUGGUGCAUUCAUUUUCCUCUGGAAAAGAUGAUCCAGCGUAUCAGCAUCCACAGUUCAAAAAUAGGACAAAGAUUAUUUAUUGGCCUAAACUUGCCAUAAAACUUUCCAACGUGUCAUUUACUGAUGAGGGAGCUUACAUUUGUAAUAUUCAGGAGAAGAGAAAUGAUGAGUAUGAGACAACUCAUUCAUUUGAAUUUAAUCUAUAUCCUACAGAACUUUACUACUCACCAACAAUAACUACGGCAUGCAAGGAUAAAGCGAAGUGUGGAGCUGAGGUAAAUUUAAUCUGCUCUUCAAGCCAUGGUUACCCAGAAUCAACCGUUGAAUGGAAAAAUGAAACCGGAAAUAUUGUUUUGGAAGGGGCAAUAACGAACUUUGACUGUGAUCCUGUUAAUCAUCAGUGCAACUUCACCAGUGUCCUGAAAAUAACAGUAACUACAAAGGUCAAAAUUAUCUGCUCUGUAUUAAAUCUCAGCCUUCAAGACAAUAGAAGACUGGCUGAAAUUAUUCUUGGGUCUGACAUUGCUAACCCACAGAAAAAUAAUAAGAAAGGACUAGUAAUCGGCAUGGUAGCUAUAACUGUAAUGCUGGUUGUGACUUGCCUAGGAAUAAUAAUCUGGAGAAGUCGAUCAACAAGCUAUACAAUUUCUGAACAAGAACAACAAGAACAACAUUUUAAUUUACAGAGUGUCCCUCACCCAGAGUAACAUCCUGGAGUGCUUAAAUAAUAACCUGAAGAACAAGAACUCUCGCUUAUAUCCUGCCUCUCACAUAAAAGAACAUUUCAGAAACACUUGCUAAACAUGUUGUAUGCUGAACAAGAAGAGAAAGGUGACAUUUUUUUCCUUUGGAAAGAUGGGAGCAAAGACCACUGGCAACAUAUGACUUGAAUGUAACAACUAUUUGUUUCUUUUAUGGUUCAAAUCCCACCCUAAUCCAUUGUUGUUUUGAUUCCUGCUAUUGCAAGCAUCUGGACAGAGCAGGAAAAAGAUGUUUUGAAAAGGGUGUGGUGGACCCUUUUAAGAUCUCACUUCGCCAUCUGGUGGUACAAAGAUCUUGGUGAUCCACAAGCCCUUUCAAGUUAUUACACUACAUACAGCUAGUGAAAUUCCACCUGCAUCUAGAUUUACUCUAUU